AUGGGCCAAUACGUGUGCCGGGCGCUGGCCGGUGACGUCACAGAGGAGCAACCCGUCCAGGUGCUGGUCACCGCGACUGGAGCUGCACUGCGACGCCAGCGGCCGGCCGCCCCGGUGCUGCGCUGGUUCCGCGGCCAGACCGCUCUGGAGAAGGACGCCGAGCGCGUCACCAUCGGUAACGGCACGCUCAGCGUAGAGCCGUUCCAGUUGGAGGAUGCCGGGGAGUACAUGUGCGUGGCCGUCAGCGCCAUCGGCAAGGACGCCAAGCUGUUCAACAUUGAGGCCCAGAUGGUGCCCACGUUCACCGAGACGCCCAAUGACGUGGUCGUCCCCAAAAUGGGAAACUUCACUCUGCAGUGUGCUGCGCUCGGCGCGCCGCCGCCGCUGCUCAGCUGGCUGCACGACGGUCGACCCGUGGGCACGCCGAGGCCGGAGCUGAACCCGCUGAGCGUACACCUGGCCAGCCAGGAGGACGGUGGCACCUACACCUGCCGGGCGGCCAGCACCGCCGGCGAACGACGCGCCUCCGCCGCCGUCACCGUCUUCCAGCGGCUCGGUCCUCCGAAGCUGGAGAAGAUGCCGGAAGAGCUGCGUCUGCGGGCCGGCACCCGUGGCGAGCUGAGCUGUCGCACAACCACCACCGACUCCUCCGCCGUAAUCCGGUGGCAGAAGAACAGUCAGGAUUUCAGCGGGGACAGCAACACCUCUGUGGAGGAUGACGGACAGCUGCUGAUAUAA